AUGAUGGCCCUCUCUUUUACUACCACUGGCAGAUUACCAGAGGCGAUGAGACAGAAAUUCCUUGUUGUGGCAGAUCAGAUGAAUCAGCUUUUCCUCUUGGAUCGGUAUGUAUGCUUACGGAUGGGCCCUGACGGUACCUAUCGUCCGCAUAUCUACUUUGGUAAGUAUAAGGGUUGGGAUGACAAAUUCCCCCACCAAACCUUUGCUUUCCAUGUUUUUAAAGUCGACUAUAUUUCGGUCGAGGGUACUCAGCCCAAGCUUGUUGAGACUAGCGUGGAGGGCUCGCUGGAUGGGAUGGCAAUGUUUGUUGGCAAGAACCACUCCUUUGCCAUCUCCACACCAAUGAACCAUGGCCUGAAAAAUGAUUGUAUUUACUUUACUGACACAAAUAGACACCAGCCUCCAGCGGGCUCCAUGUAUGGAGGCCACGAUAUCGGCAUUUAUCACUGUGCGACCAGAACAUUUUCUGAUUGCUUUUAUCCACGGGACACCAACAAAAUAAAGAAGAUUGUGCCUGCACCCAUGUGGUUUACUCCCAACGAGAGCACGCACUAA